CAGGAUUUCCGCUGUGCUACGCUCACUAAUUCCACUGCAAACUUAGUUCCUCAAUUCUCCGUAGAUACUCUAACAUCAUAACAUCAGUUCUGGCGCAUAUCCCUAUGUAGCAUUCACCUGGCCUGUGUCACCCGGAAACUAUUGACCUCACAUUCGAGCAUGAUAUAGAACGAGAAUUCACAGAACAUACCGCUCGCUAUGAUGACCUCGUCGACUAUUCUCCGAGGCAUCACGCCAAGACGGUGCUCCGAGACAAGGUUGGCAUUCGCACCGAUUGCGCUUGGAGUGGGUAAGUGCGGCUCAUCCAUGGUCAUCGAGUUGUUGCUUCUCGCUAGCCUUUUUUAUGAGGGCAUGUUGGAUCGCCUCGAUCGGAGUGCAGUGGUUUUCCUUCGCCAUGAUCGCGUAGCAGGUUGGCGCAUUGGAGGCAGGAGCCUUCGGAGGAUGUUUCUGGGAAGCGCAGAACUUUCAGGUCUAUUAUCAGCAGAGGCACCAAUCCGCAAAGGAUCAGGAAUUUCCUCCUAUGUCACUUUCCAACGAAAGAUGAUGGACUCUACCGGACCAGUUCAGUCGGUGACUUACCCAUCUCGUUGGCUAGCGAACUGCCACAUCCUCGUAGAUUUUCCCUCGCUCUUACACAUGGGUUUACGAGUAUCCGGAGCUUGAAAUAUGCAAUAUUGCGGUUGUAACAUUGUUGAGCUUCGAAUUGUCAAACACCUGCUUGUUUUCCUGGUAGCGGAACGCUGUCUGACUCUAGGGGGUGAUAUGCAC